CCGACCUUGGACAACUACGUUGACUCAAACAUAAGGCCAUUGGUUGGUGUCUGUCGCGAAUGAAGUGUUUACUCAAUGCCCUGUAAGUUAUAACUGGUCUGACCGGAUGGGUAGGUUCUAAAAUAAGAUAAAUACAUAUAGCUUUUAUGUUUUCGUGGAACAUUGAGUGUACAACAACAUAAGCCUAAUUUUUCAGCGCUGAACAGACCAGGAAGCUUCGGAAUAUAGGAUUGUUACUCUCUGCCCUGCUAGAAAGGACAAAAUGAUUGUAUGGAACCUGGUCUUAGUGUUGAUAUUGAUGAGUUUAUUUAAAGCAGGUACAGCCGACACUGUAUGUUCUCAAGCUGCUACAGAUGGAACUACCGUAACGAUGUGUGAAGGUGGUAAUGCCGUCGGUGAUCACGUGGUUAUAGAUACGUACAGAUCGGCUGCGUACAGACAAGAUGGCGGUAGUUUCAACUGUUUCUGUACGGUGACACUGACGGGACUACCCGAUGGAACGAUGACAACUGUCGGAUUUGGAUCUGUCCCGUCGUUAUAUCCUCCGUCUGGUUGUGGAAGCAGCGUUAUUAUAACAGCGCAACAAGCAGCUUUCCAAUCUAGUCAACCAAACAUUCACAUGUGUGCUGUAAAAAACAAUACAUUUAACGCUUUUCAGACAAACGAUACAUUUACUGUUGUAUGGAAGUCUGGAGUCAGUGGAAGUACAGCAGGAUAUUGUCUUUUAUUCAUGGCUGGCCCGGGGUCAUCCUUGUCAACCAAAUGUAAUCCUGCCGUCAACACCACAACAUCACCAACAUCUCCUAGUACAGCGCCAUCAACAACAACUCCUAGUACAGCGCCAUCAACAGCAACUCCUAGUGCAGCGCCAUCAACAACAACUCCUAGUACAGUGCCAUCAACAACAACUCCUAGAACAGCGCCAUCAACAACGACUCCUAGAACAACAGCACCACCAACUAGUACAACGGUGAUGGCGUCAUUGAUGACGACACCUAGUACAACAACUACAACCAAUCCUACAACUACCAUCACGUCUACUAUUGGUGGCGGAACCAAUGGUGGGGGAGCCACUACGUCGUCAGAGAAGCCUACUAUGAGUCCAGAGGCUACUACAAUGGCGGAUAAGAUUAAAAACAAGAAUUUAGACACUACGGUCAUUAUCGCAAUAGCUGCAGGGGGCGUGGUCUUCCUUAUAAUCUGCAUUGUCAUUGCGGUCAUGUGUUCAAGAACAAAAAGAAAAUCAAAUGAACACAGGAAAACUGGAACUGCUGUAGCCCAUAAUGUCUUGUAUGAAGCAACAAGAGCACAUUCACCGGAUGCAGCAACCAAUCAUGUGGUGACCCCUAGCAGCGAUAUAUACGCACAGGUCGAAAGGCAUUCGAAGGUCGAAACAACGAAUUCAAAAGAGCAGUCUCAUGAGCCGGAACAGGAAAUAGGUCAUGUGGCGACACCUAGUGGUGAUAUUUAUGCACAGGUCGAAAAGCAUUGGAAGGUCGAAACAGCGGUUUCUAAAAAGCGGUCUCAUGAGCCGGAACAGGAAAUAGAACAUGUGACGACACCUGGUGGUGAUAUGUAUGCACAAAUCGAAAAGGAUUCGAAGGUCAAAACAACGAAAUCAACCAAUCAGUCCCAUGAACCAGAAGAGGAAGUAGAAAUUGUGAUGACACCUAGAGGUGAUAUUUAUUCACAAGAUGGGAAUAAGUCAGAUGCUAGUGUGUAUUUCUAAUGAAAUGUUCAAAUGAUGAGCUACUAAGGACACAAGCAAAUUUAAUCAUGGUGAUGGUUUUAAGUCAAGCUAACGUCAGUAUAUAAAGAGAAAUGCAUCUAGACCGCCCAUCAAUUAGACUUGCUCAAGAUUUCUAGAGCUAAAGAUUGAUGGAUACAAUACUUGUCAGAGAAGAUCAUUUAACAUUGAAAGAGAAGUAUUCAGUGCCACAAUAAAAAAUACUUCAUUAAUACAUGUAAUAUAUAUUCAUUUACAUAUUCAUUUCAAUAGUCCACGAAUAGAAACUGUCAAAUGACAAACUGUGUUAAAACAUAAUGUCAUUUCAUCAUUUCGCUUUUAUAAAAUUAUAUAUAAAUUUCUUUUGUGUAAUUCUUCUUUUUUGUGCUGUAAAUUCCUUAUGAUUGUUUCAUAAAUGUUUGUACUGUUAUUUUAGAUUAUGCUAUAUUAGCAUGUAUUCUGUCAAUUUUAAGUUUUUGCCAUGUUGGCAUCUAUGUACAUUAGACUGAAACGUCUCUUAAAUUAAUUUAUAUGCUGCAAGAGCUUUAUGUUUGCAUGACCUUUAUUCUUUCCGUGCUAUUUUACUUUUUAUUCGACUAUCUGCGAUGCAUGCUACCUUUGUGAUAUUUUGUUGUUUCUGUUAAUCUUGAUUGUUAUAUAUAGUCGUAAGAAUAGCUCUUCUGAGCUAAAGUUGCAUUGUUACAAACACGACUCUAAAUAAAUAUUCUUGUAUCUUGUAUGUUGUAUGUUGUAUGUUGUAUGU